AUGCUAAUGCUUCUCCCAAUGACAAAGAUGCUGGGGGGUGGCCCCGAUAAUAACACCAACACUUGGGGUGGCCCCAACAAUAAUACCAACACUGGGGGCGGCCCUAUCACUACUGACAACGCUGAGGGUGAUCCUAUCGUUCGUCCUCAAAAUCGCCCGAAGGAAGAUGUAGACGACGAUGAGAUGAUGAAAGAGCUGGAGAAUAAGGUCAAUACCUUAAUGUCCGCUCAAGAAGUAAGGAGAACGGGCAUUCUGUGCCCAUAUCCUAGAGAGUUGGAUUCAAUUCCAUACCUUAACUUCAUGCCGUUUGACGGGAGAGGAAAGGAAGAAGAAGACGCGGGAAGCCGACGACCAAGAAGGGACGAGAAGUAUCGGGCUUCAAACCCUAAGAUCACUGAGCAGUUUGCUGAUUUGAAGAGGAAGCUGGCGGACGUGACUCCCGAGCAGUGGGAUAGCAUACCUGAGAUUGGCGAUCAUUCUCUCAGAAACAAGAAGAAGAGAUUUGAGAGCUUCGUGCCCGUGCCCGAUACUCUUCUCGAAAAGGCCAGGCAGGAGCAGGAGCACGUCACGGCGCUCGAUCCCAAGAGCAGGGCUGCGGGUGGGACCGAGACACCAUGGUCUCAAACUCCGGUCACGGAUUUGACUGCUGUAGGAGAAGGAAGAGGUACCGUGCUUUCUCUGAAGCUGGAUAGGUUGUCGGAUUCUGUUUCGGGUCUUACUGUGGUGGAUCCUAAGGGGUAUUUGACUGAUCUCAAGAGCAUGAAGAUCACCAGUGAUGCUGAGAUCUCGGAUAUUAAGAAAGCCCGGUUGCUUCUCAAGUCGGUGACACAGACUAACCCUAAGCAUCCCCCGGGGUGGAUUGCGGCAGCUAGGCUGGAAGAGGUUCUGGAAGAGGUUGCCGGAAAGAUUCAGGCCGCAAGGCAGUUGAUUCAGAAGGGAUGCGAAGAGUGCCCAAAGAAUGAGGACGUUUGGCUCGAAGCUUGUAGGCUUGCUAGCCCUGACGAAGCCAAGGCGGUGAUUGCGAGAGGGGUGAAGGCUAUUCCUAACUCGGUGAAGCUCUGGAUGCAGGCCGCCAAAUUGGAGAAUAACAACGAGGUGAACAAGAGUAGGGUCUUGCGGAAGGGUCUGGAACACAUUCCGGAUUCAGUUAGGUUGUGGAAGGCGGUCGUGGAGCUUGCGAAUGAAGAAGAUGCUAGGCUUUUGCUUCAUAGAGCAGUGGAGUGCUGUCCUUUACAUGUUGAGUUGUGGAUUGCUCUUGCGAGGCUGGAGACCUAUGAGCAGGCAAAGAAAGUGCUUAACAAGGCGAGAGAGAAGCUUCCCAAGGAGCCUGCAAUCUGGAUUACUGCUGCGAAACUCGAGGAAGCUAAUGGGAAUACUUCAUCUGUUAGCAAGGUGAUAGAGAGAGGUAUAAGAUCGUUGCAGAGAGAAGGGUUGGAUAUUGAUAGAGAGGCUUGGAUGAAGGAGGCGGAGGCGGCUGAGAGAGCCGGGUCUGUGGUGACUUGCCAGGCUAUAAUUCACAACACUAUUGGCAUCGGAGUGGAGGAAGAAGACCGGAAGAGGACUUGGGUGGCUGAUGCUGAGGAAUGCAAGAAGCGGGGUUCUAUUGAGACCGCAAGAGCUAUUUAUGCUUAUGCACUCACUGUCUUCUUUACAAAGAAGAGCAUCUGGCUCAAAGCAGCACAGCUCGAAAAGAGUCAUGGAACAAGGGAGUCGCUUGAUGCUCUGUUAAGGAGAGCAGUAACUUAUAAGCCGCAGGCCGAGGUUUUGUGGUUGAUGGGUGCGAAAGAGAAGUGGCUUGCAGGAGAUGUUCCUGCUGCGAGAGCAAUCCUUCAAGAAGCUUAUGCUGCAAUUCCUGACUCUGAAGAAAUCUGGUUGGCAGCCUUCAAGCUUGAGUUUGAGAAUCGUGAACCUGAAAGAGCAAGGAUGCUUCUGGCCAAAGCUCGAGAGAAGGGAGGAACAGAGAGGGUGUGGAUGAAAUCUGCUAUAGUUGAGAGGGAGUUGAAUAAUAUUGAAGAGGAGAGGAAGUUGCUGGAAGAAGGGCUGGAGCGUUUCCCUAAAUUCUUUAAGCUGUGGUUGAUGCUUGGGCAGAUGGAAGAACGACUGGGUCAUGUAGAGAGAGUGAGUGAAGCUGACCGGCUGCAUCACAUAGAGGAAGCGAGGAGAGCUUAUGAGAAGGGUUUGAAGCAGUGUCCUUCUUGUAUUCCUCUUUGGCUCUCACUUGCUAGCUUAGAAGAGAGGAUGAAUGGUUUGACCAAAGCUCGUGCUGUCCUUACUAACGCGCGAAAGAAAAACCCUCAGAACCCUGAGGUUUGGCUUGCAGCUAUCCGGGCUGAAUCCAGGCAUGGAAUUAAAAAGGAAGCAGAUAGUUUGAUGGCUAAAGCGUUGCAAGGUAUAAGCCCGUCUAGUGAAUUCUGUGGGUGCUGCUUCGAUGAGAUGGCUCCUCGGCCCCAACGCAAGGCAAAGAGUGCAGAUGCUCUCAAAAGGUGUGAUCAUGAUCCUCAUGUUAUUGCUACUGUGGCCAAACUAUUCUGGCAUGACAGGAAAGUGGACAAAGCAAGGAGUUGGUUCAACAGAGCAGUUACUCUCUCCCCUGAUGUUGGAGAUUUCUGGGCAUUAUACUACAAAUUUGAACUUCAGCAUGGUAACGAGGAUACUCAAAAGGAUGUUCUCAAGAGAUGUGUUGCUGCGGAGCCAAAGCAUGGCGAAAGAUGGACAUCAAUCUCUAAAGCUGUGGAGAACUCUCACUUGCUCGUGGAAGCCAUUCUUAAGAAAGUUGUGGUUGCUCUUGGCAAAGAAGAGAACCCCGCUAUUGCAGAUGGCAGUAGCGCCAGGUCUUAGAUUACCUGCAACUCUGACUGAAUCAUUUAGUAACAGUAACUAUCCAGUUCAAACAUGGUUUUUCUUUGCUGAGUUCCUCACGCAUUUCGGAGGAAGGACAGAUCAAUUUAAUUCAGGUUCUGGAGAAAAAGGAGAGGGAUAAUAUGCUACUUAGACAAGACCUAUGUGGAUGAUUUUGAUCUGCUGACCAUCAUUGGAUGCGGAGCCUUUGGAGAGGUUUGCAAUUGCAGUUUUCUUAUAUGCCUAAAGUUCAUUUGGAGAGGAUGAUCAUGGUUUACUUCUUUUUAUUUUAUUUUAUAAUACUGAGGAAAUUUUAUGAGGACCACAGUUUUCAAGGUGCCUUGCAACUAUUGACACAACGGGAUUGAAGUUGCUAUAUUUUGGCACAUCUGAUAGUCUCUUCCUUCGACUAUUUUUCUGCCUGCUCUGUAUUAUCUAGAUGGGCAUCAUUAGUGAUAUAGAUGAUGAUCAUGCAGAUGAAAAGAUAAUAUUUGUGAUAAUUCAUGUCCCCUCCUGAA